GUCCUGAGGAAGAUGACUGACCUUGCGGCGCCGAUGAAUAUGAAGAGGAAGGAUGUUGAGGUGGUGGCCAGCCAUGGCUUCUCCAUCUUCCUUGAUCCUAAGAGGAUCAAACUAGAGCUGCUGCCUCCAUAUGGCAUGGAUGGCGUGAUUCUCGACAUGAUGGAAGAUGAGGAACCACCGGCACAUGCUCUAACUAGUGCACCAACCAUUGUCCAUGACAAGGUGAACAUUGUAUCUGGGGGCAAAUCUUCAGAGCGACCACUCAAGAACAGUGAAGAACAGGACGCUGCUGCAGCGACGCCGAUGGACGUCGAGGCAGAAGCCCAGCAACACCAGCCAUGCCGGAAUGCUCCUUUCUUUUCGGGUUUCUUCUGACUUCCGAGUGGCACUUCACUGAAUAUUGUGGUGUAAGCAUGUGACCAGCAUAUAGAUUGAUCAUGUCCAUUUCAUGCAGUGUAAUGCUAAUCUUUAGUACCACCUGGACUAGUAAAUAUUGUUAAUGUAUAUCUUUUGAACUAUUUAAUGUUACGUAUUAAUUUAUGGGUCCCUAUAGUUGUUCAUCUAAGAUGAUAUCGUUAAUAUUUUGUUCAUGUUCUCCC